AAGGUGAGUGGAGCGGGGUUAAACAGAAAUUGCAAGGUAAGCGAGAGACACUAGUCCAGUUACUGAUGGAUUUUAGUUAAUGGACGUGAAAUCAUGAUUUCUAGAAAAAUUGCUCUGCGAUUAAUAUUAGUUGCGUGCAUAAUUCUAAUAUUUACUAGUGACUAUUCGUAUUUUCUCCACCAAUUAUUGGGAGGUAAUCGAGCGGCAGCUGGAUCACCCCGAAAAGCAAAGCCCACGAAUCCCGGAUACGGUGACAAUUCGGCCGAAAUUGAAAUCGACGCCGACAUCGAAGAUGACAAACUUAAAACUUUUGCGUCGCAAAAAACACGCGCCCAAAUCAUUACGACCAUUAAGAAUGCGUGUCUCCCGAAGUUAAUAUGUGAACUAAACGCAUCAUCCGAAAAGGACAAAUUAACCGAAUCCGAGAAAUCUUUAUUAUCGCUCAUAAGAGAUACUUCCCUGACGACAACAAUGGAGCUUACAAAAUAUCAUUUCGCCGCGCAUAUGGGACAACUAAUCUCCGGAGUGGACGGGAAUGGGUGCCACAAUUUUUAUCCUACGUGUCCCUUUCCAGGAUUGCAAGUACUUCAAAUGAUGAAAAAAGUGAGAGUUCGGUAGUUAUUUGAACGGGGCGAUCAAUUGAUAUAUCGACGUGUUUCACGAACAAGUAGAAAGUUUAUGAAGACGAUAAUAUGUCAUUUCUGGAAAAAGGCUUAUUAGUCCAGAUAAUGAUCUUUUACGUCGAGCCUCUCAAGGAGUGUGGUUUUCUUCUAGUCGUUUAGAAAUGUUACAAGGAAUUUCGAGAAAUUAGGACGUUCGAGUUGCUUAAUGUAGCUAAAGUUGUACAUAAAAUAAAAGCCUGGCAUGAAUAAUAUGAAUAAUAAAAUUAUUAAGA